CUGUCACAAGCAUUUAAUCUGUCAAAUGUUGGAACAUGAAUAUAUCUCAACUCAAGCGUAUUCAAUUCUUCUAAUCUGAAACAGUGACUUCGGAGACAAUUUCGCCCGGUCACCAACAGAUGGUUCUUUCUGCUGCUACACCGCGAGAGAGGAAAACUUGGAUACGAGCAAUACGCAAAGCUCUUUAUCUGAAACAAGGAGGAGCCUUGUUUGGGUCGAAACUUGAAGAGGUUUUCCCUUAUACUCGGCCAGAACAUGACUACCUUCCAAGGGUCGUAUACGAAUCGACUGCAUUUAUCCGGGAGUACGGAAUGACAACGGAGGGUAUAUUCCGAAAGUGUGGCACACAAAAUCAAAUUCAAGCACUCGCAGAAGCAUACGACGUAGCAUCCCCGGGACCAAUUCUUCACCCCAAGGAACACAGUGUCCACAUAGCCGCCGGUUUGUUAAAACUGUAUCUACGUGAACUACCCGAGCCUGUUGUUCCUUUCGCCUUUUAUGACCGACUGAAAUCUGUUGGAUUUAAGAUACAACUUGGACAGGAUCAAGAAAUGGUGACAGAUUCAAUAGAAAUGCUUCCAGCGCCGAAUUAUCAUCUACUCCAAUUCCUUUGUCAAUUUCUGAGUGAAGUAGCUGAACAUCACGAAGUUAACUUGAUGACAGUGGAAAACUUAGCAAGUAUCUUCGCACCAAACAUUCUGCGCCAGGAGGAAGGAGACUUAGAUGUUGAAAUAUCGGCAGCUCCACUAAUCAACCUUACAUGCACACAGUUUAUUCGCUAUCACAAGCAGCUUUUUCGACUGUGUAUAGCACCAUCUUCCCAGUUUGACAAUACGCUGUUUGGAUCAACCCGUCAACGUCAUCAAAGCAAUUCGAGACGCAGACAACUCACUAUUCCUGGCAACACACAAAUGCAGUCAUCUUCCGUAGAAACCGACCGGGAUAAUCCGAUUACGGCCUUAGACUCCUUCAGAAGUGUACAACCAAAUCAAGCCAUACCACUGACUGAGUGCCAGGUUGACACUCGUACAAACCUAAAUUCCUCUCCCAUUGACUCGCAGCCACAUGAAAGCCCCAGUCGGUCAUCUGGAAUUGGACGUUCUGUUUCUAGUAGAGCAACUAGAAACGGUUUAUCCGUGAUGCAGACAGAAUCUAUUGGCACUGUUUCUGGAGACAGUCUUGGACGGCGGCCACAACGAAACAUGACUAUAGAUCAAUACGACCUUGGCACACAGAGAAGUCGCAGUGUAUACCAAGAACCGUAUUAUGCGGAAACAUACCCAGUGAGGUCAUCUGACCGCCAGUUUGGACCAAAUGUACCCCAAACCAUAUCAGGCAACACGACAAUGACCUUGAUGCCUACUCAACGAAGCGCUUCCCGAAUUCCAAAACGAUCGUUAUUCUGCUAUCCAACUCAUAGGCAUCCAGAAAAUUUUCGAACUGGUUUGAGAACCGCAAAGUCGGAUAUCGGAACUGCUGGACUAACCUGGUCGUAUCCGGAAAACACGAAAAUGGGAGUAAAUCUAUAUCGUAGUGCACCCCAUUCAGAGAGUAGGUUUAAUAAUAUACCACCGCUUGAUUAUCAAGAUGAAACGCCACCCAAACCUCCACCAUUUAACAUGACAUUUGAUUCAGUCGAUGCCAGUCGGUACUUUACAAAUAACACUGACAAGCGGCAAGAGCGUGUCCGAGUACGUCGACAGGUACAACCGGGUCUUCUUGCGGAAUUCGGUGGUGCUGGCGGCUCAUGGGGAUCAUCCAUCAACGAAAGCGCAAUUGCAGGCCAGCUGGAACCCGAGGAACAAAUCCGUUAUUGGCGGGCACUUGCUGUUCAAGCCCGCGCAGAAGCUGCUGGAUAUCGCGCUCGCGCUCACAGUUUGGUGAGUGAGUUAGGCCGGGUUCGAUGUGAUUUGAAUAUGGCUGAAUUAGAAAUCAGCCUGCUUCGAAGACGACUGGCUAAUACAGAGGCAAUGCAGCUGCCGCGUUCACAUGAUGCGGAUGACCUCAUCGGCAACUGGCCAGUUUAUUCCUAAUUUGCGAUACACAGCAGAAAAAAUCUUUUAAAGAUGCUUCAGCUCCAAUGAAAUUCAUUCCAGACAGACUCUCCUACAAACAAAGUAUAGUGUUUAUAUAGAAUAACUGAACUCCACACGUACAUUUAGAGUACUAAUGUGUAUAGUUCCCGAUCUGAGAUAUGCUAUGCCUGCUUUGAUCUGUGUAUCAUAUGCUGUCUCUUUUUUAUACAUGGGCCUGUCUC